UUGAAUAAUAAGGCCACUGAGAGGGUCUUACGAACAUAACGGAAGAAGAAGCCUCACACACACACUCACUAGUGGUCAGAGAAUCUUACUGCUGUUGGUUGUUUCUGAGGAAACUAAUUAUUAAUUAAAGGGUGCCAAAUGGGUGGUGGUGAUGAUCACAACAGUUCUGUUCCCAUGGCUAGGAAGAAUGGCUCUUUUAGGUCCAUUUUCAUGCAUGCCGAUGGCCUAGACUGGUGUCUCAUGAUUUUGGGUCUGAUUGGGGCCAUUGGUGAUGGCAUAGGCACCCCUUUGGUGUUGUUUGUCACCAGCCAUAUUAUGAACAAUAUUGGUGAUUUUUCUAGCGACAAAGGCAGCACUAUCAUCCACAGCGUCAACAAGAAUGCUGUGGUGUUGUUAUACCUGGCCGGUGGGUCUUUUGUUGCUUGUUUCUUAGAGGGUUAUUGUUGGACAAGAACUGGUGAAAGACAAGCUGCAAGAAUGAGAGUCAAGUAUCUAAAAGCAGUGCUAAGGCAAGAAGUAGCAUACUUCGACUUGCAUGUCACAAGCACAUCUGAGGUCAUCACCAGUGUCUCCAAUGACAGCCUCGUAAUUCAAGAUGUUCUUAGUGAAAAGGUUCCGAAUUUUUUGAUGAAUGCCUCUAUGUUUGUUGGGAGCUACAUAGUGGCUUUUGCACUAUUAUGGAGAUUGGCCAUUGUGGGGUUCCCUUUUGUGGCUCUACUUGUGAUCCCUGGUUUUAUGUACGGGAGGACACUAAUGGGGUUGGCCAGCAAGAUAAGAGAAGAGUACAACAAGGCUGGCACCAUAGCAGAACAAGCAAUAUCUUCCAUCAGAACCGUUUAUUCCUUUGUUGGGGAAAGCAAGACCAUAGAUGCUUUCUCUGAUGCUCUUAAAGGCUCUGUUGAGUUGGGUCUGAGACAAGGCUUAGCAAAAGGCUUGGCCAUUGGAAGCAAUGGUGUUGUCUUUGCUAUAUGGGCUUUCAUGUCCUACUAUGGUAGCAGAUUGGUCAUGUACCAUGGGGCUAAAGGUGGGACUGUGUUUGCAGUUGGAGCAGCCAUAGCUCUUGGUGGAUUAGCAUUAGGUUCUGGGUUAUCGAACGUGAAGUACUUCUCAGAAGCAAGCACUGCAGGAGAACGCAUAAUGGAGGUGAUAAAAAGGGUUCCAAAGAUUGAUUCGGCGAACAUGGGUGGUGAGAUUCUGGAGAACGUUUCAGGGGAAGUGGAGUUCGAGCACGUAAACUUUGCGUACCCAUCAAGGCCAGAGAGUGUUAUUCUGAACGAUUUCAGCCUAAGGGUUCCAGCAGGGAAAACAGUGGCACUGGUUGGAGGGAGUGGCUCAGGAAAAUCCACUGUGGUGUCACUUUUGCAAAGGUUUUAUGACCCAAUUGAGGGAGAGAUACGUGUGGAUGGUGUGGCCAUUCAUAGGUUGCAACUCAAGUGGUUGAGGUCUCAGAUGGGGUUGGUGAGCCAAGAGCCUGCACUGUUUGCAACCAGCAUUAUGGAGAAUGUGCUCUUUGGAAGAGAGGAUGCCACUCAGGAAGAGGUUCUCCAGGCUGCCAAGGCUUCCAAUGCUCAUAAUUUCAUCUCACAGUUGCCACAAGGGUAUCAUACUCAGGUUGGAGAGAGGGGAAUUCAAAUGUCAGGGGGACAAAAGCAAAGAAUUGCUAUAGCAAGAGCAAUAAUUAAAAAGCCACGAAUUCUCUUGUUGGACGAAGCUACAAGUGCCCUAGAUUCUGAAUCUGAACGAGUAGUGCAAGAAGCAUUGGACAAAGCAGCAGUGGGACGCACCACCAUAAUCAUCGCUCAUCGAUUAUCCACCAUAAGAAACGCAGAUGUGAUCGCUGUGGUGCAAAAUGGGAAGAUCAUGGAGAUGGGGUCACACCAUGAACUAAUCGAAAAUGACAAUGGUCUCUACACUUCACUAGUUCGUCUCCAACAAGCGAAAAACGAAAAAGAAGAAACCCAUUUCCACCUUCCUCCUCCUCCUCUUCCUUCAUCAUCUAUAUCAAACAAAGACAUUCACAACUCAAGCAGUCGUAGACUCUCCCUUGUGAGUCGUUCCAGCUCCGCAAACUCGAUCUCUCGAGUUGGCGGUGCUGGCGAUGAUGUUGUUGAAGAGGUUGUUGUGGAAGAUAUGAAGCUUCCACUUCCCUCGUUUCGAAGGUUGCUAGCAUUGAACAUUCCCGAGUGGAAGCAAGCGUGUUUAGGAUGUUUGAAUGCUGUGUUGUUUGGUGCAAUUCAGCCUGUGUAUGCAUUUGCGAUGGGGUCGGUGAUAUCUGUUUACUUUCUCCAAGACCAUGAUGAGAUAAAGAGGAAAACCAUGAUCUAUUCACUUUGCUUCCUAGGGUUGGCUGUGUUUUCCUUGGUGGUUAAUAUUCUCCAACACUAUAAUUUUGCUUACAUGGGAGAGUACUUGACUAAGAGGGUCAGAGAACGAAUGCUUUCUAAGAUACUCACUUUUGAAGUUGGAUGGUUUGAUCAGGAUGAAAAUUCCACUGGUGCUGUUUGCUCUAGACUUGCCAAAGAAGCCAAUGUGGUGAGGUCUUUAGUUGGAGACAGAAUGGCUCUAGUGGUGCAAACUAUUUCUGCAGUGGUAAUAGCUUUUACUAUGGGCCUAAUCAUUGCAUGGAGGUUGGCCAUUGUUAUGAUAGCAGUUCAGCCCAUUAUCAUUGCUUGCUUCUACACAAGGCGUGUCCUUCUCAAGAGCAUGUCAAGCAAGGCCAUCAAGGCCCAAGAUGAAUGCAGCAAGAUAGCUGCCGAAGCUGUUUCCAACCUUAGAACAAUCACAGCCUUUUCUUCUCAGGACAGGAUCCUCAAAAUGCUCGAAAAAGCCCAAGAAGGCCCAAGUCGUGAAAGCAUUCGACAGUCAUGGUUCGCAGGUGUAGGCCUUGCAUGUUCCCAAAGCCUCACAUUUUGCACUUGGGCUUUGGACUUUUGGUAUGGUGGAAAGCUUGUGUUUCAUGGCUACAUCAAUGCCAAAGCAUUGUUUGAGACCUUCAUGAUCUUGGUGAGCACAGGAAGGGUGAUUGCAGAUGCUGGAAGCAUGACCAAUGACUUAGCCAAAGGUGCUGAUGCUGUGGGCUCAGUUUUUGCAAUCUUGGACAGGUACACAAAAAUUGAGCCUGAUGACCUAGAUGGGCUCAAGCCUGAGAAAUUAACAGGAAAGAUAGAGCUUCAUGAUGUUCAUUUUGCAUACCCAGCUAGGCCCAAUGUGAUGAUCUUCGAAGGCUUCUCAAUCAAAAUUGAUGCAGGGAAAUCCACAGCUUUGGUAGGGCAAAGUGGGUCUGGAAAGUCAACAAUAAUCGGCCUAAUUGAGAGAUUCUAUGACCCUUUGAAAGGGACUGUGACCAUAGAUGGUAGGGACAUAAAAUCAUACCACCUUAGGUCACUAAGGAAGCACAUUGCUCUUGUGAGCCAAGAACCAACACUGUUUGGUGGGAGCAUAAGGGAAAACAUUGCAUAUGGGGGACCUAACAAGAUUGAUGAAAGUGAGAUCAUGGAAGCAGCAAGGGCAGCCAAUGCUCAUGAUUUCAUCGCAAGCCUGAAGGAUGGUUAUGACACAUGGUGUGGUGAUAGAGGAGUGCAACUCUCUGGGGGUCAAAAGCAAAGAAUUGCAAUAGCUAGAGCCAUAUUGAAGAACCCUGAGGUGUUGUUGUUGGAUGAAGCCACUAGUGCCCUAGAUAGCCAAUCAGAGAAACUGGUGCAAGAUGCCCUAGAAAGGGUGAUGGUGGGGAGAACCAGUGUGGUGGUGGCUCACAGGUUGAGCACAAUACAAAACUGUGAUCAAAUCGCUGUGUUGGAUAAGGGAAAGGUUGUGGAGAAAGGAACCCACUCGUCUUUGUUGGCUGAGGGGCCAAGUGGAGCUUAUUACUCUUUGGUGAAUCUACAAAGAAGACCAACCAAACAUGAAGGUUAACUCUAUACAUGAAGGGUCUAUUUAGUUAUAAGAUAGGAGUACGUGCUUCCGAAAACUGUUCUAUUAGAAAGAAAAAGAAUCUUUAUUUUCGGUAGAAAAUUUUUUAAAAACUUUUUUAAAUUUGUAUUCAAAUGGCUCAAAAUAAGCUAACCAAAAACCAAGCUGCCAGAUACAUUAAACCUUUAUUUUGGGCUUCAUAGGAGAUAGCUACAAAGAAGAAUGACGAGGUUGUUGUGGUAACUGGUGAAAAGUAAGCUAAGCAAUGGAAGGAAGAAAAUGCCUAUAACAGUCUUUGUCUCCCCCAACUUCUUAAAUUUCUCAUAUUAUAUGCAUAAGUUAUAUGAUAAUUAAUUUUAUUUGACUUAAAAUGUAUGUAAUCUUCAAAAUAAAAAUGUUGAGUUUGCCCUUGAAACUAUGUUUGGCAGAUGAAACAUUUUUAAGCGAUGCUCUAUUGUUUUAAAUGCAUUCAUAAACUUCAUCUCAUUCAUGCUUAAAUGUAUAUAUAAUUAUAUAAUUAUAUAAUUAUAUUGAGUAA